UCACUCAUCAUCAUGAUGGCUCUCUCCAUCUUUAUCUCUCUCACCCUCAUCUUCAUCUUCAUCUCUCACUUCCCCUCCUCACAUGCAGAGCCUUUCAUCGGAGUUAACUACGGUCAAGUCGCCGACAAUCUCCCUCCGCCUUCUGAAACAGCCAAGCUCCUCCAGUCCACCUCAAUUCAGAAAGUUAGACUCUAUGGCGCUGAUCCCGCCAUCAUCAAAGCUUUGGCCGGAACAGGUGUAGGCAUCCUCAUCGGCGCUGCUAACGGUGACGUUCCUUCACUCGCCUCCGAUCCAAACGCCGCCACUCAAUGGAUCAACUCCAAUGUCCUACCUUUCUAUCCCGCCUCCAAAAUCAUCCUCAUCACCGUCGGCAACGAGGUUCUGAUGUCGAACGAUCCGAAUCUGGUGAACCAGCUACUCCCGGCGAUGCAAAAUGUACAAAAGGCCCUCGAAGCGGUUUCUCUCGGCGGUAAAAUCAAGGUCUCGACGGUUCAUGCCAUGACGGUGCUCGGCAGUUCAGACCCGCCAUCGUCCGGUUCAUUUGCGGCCGGUUAUCAAACCGGUUUAAAAGGGAUCCUCCAAUUCCUAAGCGACACUGGUUCACCUUUCGCAAUUAACCCGUACCCGUUCUUCGCGUACCAAAGUGACCCGAGACCAGAAACGCUGUCGUUUUGUCUCUUUCAGCCUAACGCCGGACGGGUCGACUCCAAAACCGGAAUAAAGUAUACGAACAUGUUCGAUGCUCAGGUUGAUGCGGUUCACUCGGCUUUGAAAUCAAUGGGAUUCGAAAAGGUGGAGAUUGUCGUGGCGGAAACAGGGUGGGCGUCAAGAGGGGAUGCUAAUGAGGUUGGAACGAGCGUGGAUAACGCUAAAGCUUACAACGGAAACCUAAUAGCUCAUCUAAAGUCCAUGAUUGGCACACCUCUCAUGCCUGGAAAGCCCGUGGACACUUACAUUUUCGCACUUUACGAAGAGAACCUAAAGCCUGGACCAUCUUCGGAACGUGCAUUUGGACUUUUUAAAACUGAUCUUUCCAUGGCUUACGAUGUAGGCCUUGCUAAGAGUAGCAGUAGUGGCAGCAACAGUAGUGGUCAGACACCAUCCGGGAAAGUGACGUCAACAGGGUGGUGUGUACCAAAGAAGGGUGCGACGAAUGAGCAGUUGCAGGCGAGCUUGGAUUGGGCGUGUGGACAAGGAAUAGACUGUGGUGCAAUACAGCCAGGAGGAGCUUGUUUCGAGCCAAACAAUGUGGCCUCCCACGCAGCCUAUGCCAUGAAUAUGUAUUAUCAGAAAUCUCCUAAACAGACUACAGACUGUGAUUUCUCUAAAACCGCAACAGUCACUUCCCAAAACCCUAGUUACAACAGUUGCGUCUAUCCCGGAGGUGGAGGAGGAGGAGCAGCAGGAAGUAAAGCAGUAAUGAACAAGUAUGUGAGCUCAGACAAAGUAGAGAAGACGAAUGGAGCAAUGGAAACAAAAUUGUCUUCUUCUCUAUCUUGUCUACUCAUCUUUAUGUUCCUAGUCUUCCAUGUAAAUAUGUAAUGGCUCAAUUAGCUCUCCCUUCUGCUUCUUUUCUACUUCUUAUUUUCCCUCUCCCUUCAUUUGUAUUAUCGUUGUAAUCAAGGUGUUAUUAGUUUUAUAUAAUAGUUAACACACUCAUUCUAUAUAUAAUAAAAUUGUGUUCUAUAGUCUAUAACGGCUAUUUCCCACUUAA